AUGCCUUGUGAUCGCCCCCGGUCGCAGAAUAUAGCGGCCAAGAGGUCACAUUUGCCUCGUGCGGACGGACCGGCAAGGCGAGCUUGCAUCAACUGCCGCCAGCGAAAGAUUCGCUGCGAUAUAGUCGAUAAAGGCGUUCCAUGUACGAACUGCAGCACUCAUGGCCGAUCGGGAUGUCGCAUGUGUCCUAACAAAAAGGACACGAGGCAAUCGUCAAAUCGACCAGUCAUCCUUGCUCCUCUCCGUCCUCGGGAAGCGACAAACUCACCAGCGGCCCCAUCACCUGCACUCACUGAGCCUCCCUCCACUGCAAGAGAAGAUGGCGAGCAAGAUCUCGGAUCUCACCUCUUGAACCGCAAUGACAAGACAGAGGUUGAGCUUAGCAAGGUCGAGCUCGGUCAUCGGACUCGCUGUCAUUUCAUUGGAUCCGAGCUCUCAAACUGCCAUUACCUCGUGCGACAGAGCACCUCUGAGACCGGACUUGAUAAGGUCUUUCACUUCGGCAACGGGCAGUUGGACUCUACUGAGAAUUGGUAUGAAGCACAUAAUAUUCCAGAAGAGAUCCUUAUACGACCCAGCAAGGCUCUUGAAAUGAGACUGAUAAGAGCUUAUUUUGACCUCGUCAACCGUGGGUGGCCAAUUGUGGACGAGGAGCUAUUCAUGACCCAAUACCAGGAGCAGGAUCGCAUGAACCCCCUCUGCUUGACGCUCCUCAACGCCAUCCUACUCGUUGGAGCUCACACGCUGGCAUCUCAAGACGAGAGUAUGCUUCCUCUACUUCCCGCCUUUUUCCGAAGAGCCAAAUAUCUGGUCUUGAGUGAUUCAUGGCAUGAUAGGCUUGUUUACGUCCAGGUGCCUCUGCUGCUGACGUGGUAUUCUGACGCCAACGCCUGGCACUGGAUUGGAAUUGCUAUCAGGACGGCAAUGGCCGUAGGUCUCCAUCGCGACGCUAGUCACUCCACGAACCUACCGGUAUACAAGCGAAAGUAUGUCCGACUCUGGUGGGUUCUCUUCCAGUUUGACACAAUCUCAGCAACCUCAGCUGGUCGGCCUCAAGCCAUAAACCUUUGGGACUCAGAUGUUGCCGACCUGAAGCCUGCUGAUCUCGAAGGGAUUCCUGGAGCCGAGUUCGAGUUCAUCACCUAUCACACCAAACUUUGCAAGAUUAUAUCGCAGACCAUAAGGGAUGGAUGGUCACCACGAGCUUCCAUGGAAGCAAGAGCUGAGGCCAUAAGGAGAGCAGAUGAAUCUGUUGGGAGCUUGAUGCUUGAGCUUCCGUCAAGGCUGCAAUUAAAGCUUUCCGACCUUGAUAUCUGGCAGUCUCUGUUUCACCUGACUCAUCACAACUUUAUCCUGCUGAUACACCGACCAGCACCGAAGCCCGGCAUCAGGGAUCAAUCUCUCGAGGCACAAGACGAUGCCAUCCUUUGCAGGGAAUCAACAGUAGCGAUUGCGUCCAUUUUCGAGGUUCUACUCAGUAAAAGUAUGAUCUCGUCACUAUGGUUAUACAGCAACCAUGUUCUGUUCACAGCAACUAUCUACAUUUUGAACCAGAUCAGCACAAGCAAGCCGCUGCUAGCUGCCAAAUCACGACACAUACUAGACACGUUUCUUGCAGCUCUACGGGAGCUGGUAAAGUAUUGGACUUAUGCGAAAGGGUUGAUGCAGGUUCUUGAACAGAGGGCCUCCAAGGUCAGGGAAGAGAGAGUUGAAAAGGCGUCUACGAGACUGCAACAUGUUGCACCGUCUGGGCAACAUCAUCAACAACUCACUGAUCCUCAGCUAAAUCCUCAGGGUGGCCCAUCCUCGUAUGAGCACGUAAACGAGGACUCACCUACGUGGAGUAAUCAAAACGGUCAAACAGUACAGAACACUGCCUUGGCUGAUCUGAUUUCGAAUCCGCAGUCCGCAGCUACCGACUUCUAUCCAAGCACAGGUUUUCUAGGAUCUACCCAAGACCCUUUGUUAGAUGAUUUGUUCAUGAUAGACACUUCUGCGCUUGAUUUAUUCUUCUAUGAAGAUACGCAAUAG